AUGUCUGAAGUCCAGUCAUGUAACCUUUGUGGUGAUGAACUAGACGAGGAUGAGAAAUUCGUAUGUGGUCCAUGUGGAGGAUGUCCUGCAUGUGGGCUUUUGAAACAAUGUCUAUGGAAGGAAUUCUGUAAUGGGUGCGCUUGUGGGGUCUGUGGAGGAGAGCUUCAGAUGAAACAUUCAGAUUACCAUGAGAAAUGUAGAUGCCACGCUCGAAAUUGUAUGUCUCCAAUCGCCGAUGAAGGCGAUCUGUACUGCGAGAGUUGUGCGUGUCUCAAAUGCGGCGCUCAAAUAGAAAAGUAUUCCGGCUUUUGUGAUAAUUGUCGGUGCCAACGAGAAGGUUGCGGACUUCCACUGUUACCGAUAAACCUCGGGAAGUAUUGUGAGGAAUGCCAAUGUCAGAAUUGUCCAGAAUAUAAAUCAAACCAUGAGGAUUAUUUUUGUCCUGCAUGUGAGUUGCCAGAAAGAUCCUUGUCCGGAAUGCAACAAGAGAGUAUGCUUGGAUUUGGGGAACAAUCAAUGCAAGCAUUUGCCCAGCUCAUAUAUACAGAGAUCAAAACGCAACAUAGAGCUGUCGGACCGCAACGUAAGAAAGGAAGGAGUUCAGUCGACGACCUUCGAACAUAUUGUAGUGGUACGGUUACCCCUGUUUGUAUUGAAGAUGAAAAUUCAACAUGCAUCAUUGUUGUCAGUCAUGUUCGACACAUGGAAGUCAAUAAGCGUCGAUGGCUUCCUAUUUUGUCUGAUCUCGCCACCGUUGAUUUAUACCAGCAAAUCCGUUCACUCCGUCCAGGACACGAACCUACGUUCACUCUUCCCACAGAAUGGGGUGAUUUGAAGCGAUUACGACUGGUCAGCUCUUGGAACGCUCAUUUCGCUAUUGAUUUUGAAGACGGGGUGAAAUGGUUGUUGCGUAUCCGUCAAGGAGCAUCAGGUAGUCCCCCGGCAGAAAUACAACCUUUUGUUCUGGAGAGUGAAGUUGAAACCCUUCGAGUUCUGCAUAGGGUGAGUGCAAAGGUCCCAAACGCUUGGAGUCAUGGAGUAGAUCCAAACACAGAUUUCACGAAAUCUCCUUUACGUUAUUUUUUCCUCGAGAUGAUGCCUGGUAGAAAGUGGUACGGUCGUCCAGCACCAAUCAGUGUGGGAGCGAUAAAGGGACUAGAAGCUCAAGAGAGAUAUAAGAAGAUCAUCGACGAAUUCGUUCGCUUUCAACUCAUUCUCGCCGACGUUCCCUUUCAUGGAGGUAUCGGAAGUCUCUAUCCACUUUCUUUAGUCUCUAGUCCACUCUUCUCAAGCGACAUAGGUAUAAGACCAACUAGUAAACAACAUACCGAUUAUGCGCUCACAGGCCCAUUAGUCGACUUCUGCGGACCCGAUCGUCCUCGUCUGUAUGGACCAUUCUGGUCAAACAGAGAUCGUUACUUGGCUCAAAUCGACCUGAUUUUAGACAAAUUGUGGGAGCAAGAGCUUUUGGUAGAUGAACCUUUACACAUGUUUCUUGGUCAUCUCCACGCAAGAAAGAUGGUGGAAACCUGUGAGGAAAUGGCUAGAGAAGAGACAGAAUUCUUCAUCAAACACCCGGACAGUAAACCCGACCAGAUGUUGGUUUUAGAUGAUUCACUAUCUGCUGUGUUAGAUUGGGAAUGGGCUUAUGUCACUACCAAAGCAGAAGCCUUCUCUUCCCCUCGGUUCUGCUUCGGAAGCGAUAGGCACAUGGCUGGCUUUAACGACCUGGGCGUUGAAGAAAAGUACAUGAUUGAGUGUUACAAGAAAUAUGGACGUCCCGACUUAGCGGAAUGUAUAGAAAAGGGGGCGAUAUAUUAUCGACUUUUCAAUAUAAUCGGAUGGUGUCCGGACGUAGAUGAUCUCAAUGGACUCAGUCGAGCGGUGCUGGGAGAGGAGAAAGCAGGGACUCUACCUGAGACGAAAGAUGCUUGGAUCGAAGAUGCUCUUGUACGACUCAAAGAUGAUGCUAGGGUGUCUGGUAUCCAAAAGUUACAACAAACUCAAGAUGAAGAAAGGGAAGUGGCGAUAGAGGAGCGGAGUGCCAAGCUAGAAAAAGGGUCUGCUCUAACGGAAACAUGGGGGUGGACUUAG